AUGGAAGUGUCCCCUGAGUGCACACAGCAGGGCAGGGGGCUGGUGCUGGUUCGCCGGCGGCCCCCCGCACCCCCGGGCCUGCGAGAGGUUCUGAAGGCCCGGCUGCGGCGGAGCUGUGCGUGCAGCGUGCAGGGGGCCUGGGCACUGCUGCAGGACCUGCUCCCCGCAACGCGCUGGCUCCGCCAGUACCAGCCUCGGGAGGACCUGGCAGGUGACGUCGUAUCUGGGCUGGUCAUCGGCAUCAUCCUGGUCCCUCAGGCCAUCGCCUACUCACUGCUGGCCGGGCUGCAGCCCAUCUACAGCCUCUACACGUCCUUCUUUGCGAACCUCAUCUACUUCCUCAUGGGCACCUCACGCCACGUCUCCGUGGGUAUCUUCAGCCUGCUCUGCCUCAUGGUGGGCCAGGUGGUGGACCGCGAGCUCCUGCUGGCCGGCUUCGACCCCGCCCAGGACGGCCCGGGGCCCGGGGCCAACCACAGCGCCCUCAACGCCUCGGCCACCACGCUGGCGCUUGGGCUACAGGACUGCAGCCGGGACUGCUACGCCAUCCGCGUGGCCACUGCCCUCACGCUGCUGGCCGGGAUUUACCAGGUCCUCAUGGGCGUCCUCGGGCUGGGCUUCGUGUCCGCCUACCUCUCGCAGCCGCUGCUGGACGGCUUCGCCAUGGGGGCCUCAGUGACCAUCCUGACCUCCCAGCUCCGACACCUGCUGGGUGUGCGGGUCCCGCGGCACCAGGGGCCGGGCCUGGUGGUCAGCACAUGGCUGAGCCUGAUGCGCAGUGCCGGGCAGGCCAACCUGUGCGACGUGCUCACCAGUGCCGCAUGCCUGGCCGUGCUGCUGGCGGCCAAGGAGCUCUCGGACCGCUACCGGCACCACUUGAAGGUGCCGCUGCCUGCAGAACUGCUGGUCAUCGGGGCGGCCACGCUCGUGUCCCACUUCGGGCAGUUCCACGAGCGCUUCGGCUCCAGUGUGGCUGGCGACAUCCCCACUGGCUUCAUGGCCCCGCAUGUGCCAGACCCGGCGCUAGUGGGGCACGUGGCGCUGGACGCCGUGUCCCUGGCCCUGGUGGGCUCCGCCUUCUCCAUCUCGCUGGCAGAGAUGUUCGCCCGCAGCCAUGGCUACUCUGUGCGCGCCAACCAGGAGCUGCUGGCUGUGGGCUGCUGCAAUGUGCUGCCUGCCUUCUUCCACUGUUUUGCCACCAGCGCUGCCCUGGCCAAGAGCCUGGUGAAGACAGCCACCGGCUGCCGCACGCAGCUGUCCAGCGCGGUCAGCGCCGCUGUGGUGCUGCUGGUGGUGCUGGCGCUAGCGCCCCUGUUCCGGGACCUGCAGCGGAGCGUGCUGGCCUGCAUCAUCAUCGUCAGCCUGCGUGGGGCCCUGCGCAAGGUGCGGGACGUCCCGCGGCUAUGGCGGCUCAGCCCUGCCGAUGCUCUGGUCUGGGUGGCCACGGCGGCCACCUGCGUGCUGGUCAGCACCGAGGCCGGGCUCCUGGCCGGCAUUCUCCUCUCACUGCUCAGCCUGGCCGGCCGCACACGGCACCCACGCGCUGCCCUGCUCGCCCGCGCCGGGGAUUCCACCUUCUAUGGGGACCCAGCAGAAUUUGAGGGCCUGGUCCCCGAGCCUGGUGUGCAGGUGUUCCGCUUCACGGGGCCCCUCUACUACGCCAAUAAGGACUUCUUCCUGUGGUCACUCUACAGCCUCACUGGGCUGAACGCUGGGUAUGCAGCCACCAGGAGGAAGGAGCAGGGCCCGGGGGUGGGGGCUGGCGAGGGAGAGCCUGUCGAAGGCAGGGACCUGGGUCCCGGGAGCAGCACAGCUGCGCUGGUGCCCUCGGCAACCUGCUUCCACGCAGUGGUCAUUGACUGUGCCCCGCUGCUGUUCCUGGAUGCUGCCGGCCUGGCCACGCUGCAGGACCUGCGCCGAGACUACGGGGCCUUGGGCAUCACCCUGCUCCUGGCCUGCUGCAGCCCCUCAGUAAGGGACACCCUGAGGAGAGGCGGCUUCCUCGGGGAGGACCAGGGGGACGCGGCCGAGGAGGGGCAGCUGUUCCCCAGCGUGCACUGUGCCGUGCAGGCGGCCCGAGCCCGCUGCCAGGAACUGGUAGCCACCAACUACACCCUCUAA